AUGCAUUCUAAUUGUUUUGACCAAUUUGUUAUCGACUCUUUGGGAUUAUACGACGGAUAUGUCGUGGAUGAGAAUGCCUUUAGCAGCACUAGUUCUUCAAGCUCCAGCAAUGCGUCCACUUCGGUUGAGAACACCCCGGUUUUGCCCCAAGAUCCACCAUUA